CACUUCACUUCAGGAGGCCCUCAAGGAACCAUGAAACUGCUGGUGGUGUUCGCCGUGGCUGGCAUCCUUCUGCUGGAGCUCAGCGACGCCGGGAGCUACGGCAGAGGUCGCGGAGGUGGUGGCGGCCGCAGAAGCUUCGGUUUCCGCGGUGGUCGAGGCGGCAGGGGCAGAUACAGUGGUAGCAACACUUUAGGCGGCUACAGCGGCGGUUCCGGCAGCGGAUUUGGCAGCGGCUCCGGUGGUGGCUUCGGUGGCGGCUUUGGUGGAGGCUACGGCGGCGGCUCCAACUUCGGCUUCGGUGGUGGCAACAGCGGCAGAUAUGGCGGUGGUUCUAACAGCGGCUAUGGCGGAGGUUCUACCGGCGGCUAUGGCGGCGGUUCUAACAGCGGCUAUGGAGGUGGAUCCAAAGGCGGCUUUGGUGGAGGUUUCAGUGGCGGCCAUAGAGGUGGUUCCAGCGGCGGCUACGGCGGCGGUUCCAGCGGCGGCUUUGGCGGCGGUGUCAGCGGCGGCUACGGUGGCGGUUCCAGCGGCGGCUACGGUGGCGGUUCCAGCGGCGGCUACGGUGGCGGUUCCAGCGGCGGCUACGGUGGCGGUUCCAGCGGCGGCUACGGCGGCGGUUCUAGCGGCGGCUUUGGCGGCGGUUCCAGCGGCGGCUACGGCGGCGGUUCUAGCGGCGGCUUUGGCGGCGGCGUCAGCGGCGGCUACGGCGGCGGUUCCAGCGGCGGAUACGGCGGCGGUUCCAGCGGCGGUUACGGCGGGGGUUCCAGCAGCGGCUUUGGCGGUGGCGUUAGCGGCGGCUACGGCGGCGGUUCCAGCGGCGGCUUUGGGGGCGGAGUGAGUGGCGGCUAUGGGGGCAGGCGGGGCGGGGGUAAGGGCUACGGGAAAUAAGCCACAGAGGUCACGACUGUAAAGACACUAGAUGACCCCAGGCAACGAACCUUCUCCUCCUCCUCCUGCUCCUCCUGCACCAGCAAGACAUCGGAAUGAGACCAAAAUUCCCGCACCGUCACCACCACCAUCAGUAGAGUAUUAGAAACACCAAAAUUAUUCUCACAUCCUUCCUUCUACGAGCACCGCACUUCUACUCCCGCCGCUACCAUCCGUCCUCCUCCUCCUCCUCCCCUCCCUCUCUUUCUCCUGCUGCUGCUGCUGCUGUUGUUGUUAUUGAGAGCAAAAAGCUGAUUGCCUCGCUGCCCGGGAGUAAUGUCUCGCAAGGCUAAGAAAGGGAAAGGUAGUUCAGAAAGAUGCGUGUGUGUGUGUGUGUGUGUGUGUGUGUGUGUGUGUGGACAGAGAGGAAAGGAUUGCUACAUGUGCAAAACAAGAAACCAGGCAGUAAAAUGGCUUUCAGAAGAUAUAUAAAGAAAAAAAUCGAUAAAAAACAUCAA